CUCAAUUCUGUGUCACAGUGUCACUGUUUUACUGGGUGAGGAGCCGUGCCACUACCGCGCUGCUGGAGGGAUAUAGCCACUCAUUUCUCAUACAGUUUCUGAUUCUAGCUGCAGGACAUGAAAUAAACUAUCUCAAAUCUUCAGACAGAAUAAUCAUCAAACAUGACGGUGGAUUUUGAAGAAUGUAUCAAAGAUUCGCCGAGGUUCAGGGCGAACAUCGAUGAAGUGGAGACAGAUGUGGUGGAGAUGGAAGCCAAACUGGACAAGUUGGUGAAACUAUGCAGCGGUAUGAUAGAUGCCGGUCGGGCCUACGUCACGGCCAACAAGCUGUUUGUCAACGGCAUCCGAGACCUGUCUCACCAGUGCAAGAAGGAGGAGAUGAUAUCAGAGUGUCUGGAGAAAUUUGGGGAGAGCCUACAGGAAAUUGUCAACUAUCACAUGAUUUUAUUUGAUCAAGCCCAGAGGUCCAUUAAACAACAGCUUCACAACUUUAUCAAAGAUGAUGUGCGGAAGUUCAAGGAGACGAAAAAGCAGUUUGACCGCGUGCGUGAGGACAUGGAGAUCGCGCAGGUGAAGAACGCCCAGGCGCCCAGGAACAAGCCGCACGAGGUGGAGGAGGCCACCACCGCCCUCACUGUCUCCAGGAAGUGCUUCCGACACCUGGCCCUCGACUACGUCCUGCAGAUCAAUGUGCUUCAAGCCAAAAAGAAGUUUGAAAUCUUAGAUGCGAUGCUGUCCUUCAUGACCGCCCAGUACAGUCUCUUUCAGCAGGGCUACAACCUGCUCGACCAGAUUGACCCCUACAUGAAGAACCUAGCAGCAGAGUUGGAUCAGCUGGUUAUUGAUUCUGCUGUGGAGAAGAGAGAGAUGGAGCACAAGCACGCCAUCAUUCAGCAACGGACCUUAAUGCAGGAUUUCUCCUAUGAUGACUCGAAGGCGGAGUUCAACGUGGACGCCCCAAACGGGGUGGUGAUGGAGGGGUACCUGUUCAAGAGGGCCAGCAACGCCUUCAAGACGUGGAACAGACGGUGGUUUUCAAUACAGAACAGCCAGCUGGUCUAUCAGAAGAAACUAAAGGAUGUUUUGACAGUGGUGGUGGAGGACCUCAGGCUGUGCUCAGUGAAGCCCUGUGAGGACAUUGAGAGGAGGUUCUGCUUCGAGGUGGUGUCUCCAACAAAGAGCUGUAUGCUGCAAGCUGAAUCAGAGAAGCUGCGUCAGGCGUGGAUCCAGGCUGUCCAGGCCAGCAUCGCCUCUGCCUACAGAGAGAUCUCCGAUAACUACUACAUCGAGCGACUGGACCGCACGGCAUCUCCGUCAACUAGCAGCAUUGAGUCGGCGAGCGAGUCGCGUGAACGCAGCGUCAGGGGCGUCGAGACCAUCCUGCAGCGGGUGCAGUCAUUGCCAGGCAACGAGCUGUGUGCUGACUGCGGCCAGGCUGAUCCUCGCUGGGCCAGCAUCAACAUGGGCGUGCUGCUGUGUAUAGAGUGCUCAGGCAUACACAGGAGUUUAGGGGUCCACUGUUCUAAGGUGCGGUCCCUCACACUGGACUCAUGGGAACCUGAGCUCCUCAAGCUGAUGUGUGAGCUUGGUAACGCCGUCAUCAAUCACAUCUACGAGGGAACGUGUGAGGAGAGAGGACUGAAGAAGCCAGGCCCAUCCAGCUCACGGCAGGAGAAGGAGGCCUGGAUCAAGGCCAAGUACGUGGAGAGGAAGUUCCUGAAGAAGAUGUGUGGCUCGGAGGCGCUCGUUGAGGCCGAUAGGAAGUCGCAUCACUGGAAUGCCAAGAAGUGCCGCAGACAACACAGCUCCGUCCGAGCGCCAAAAACACGCCGGAAAUACCGCCACGACGCCGGCAGUGUGUCGCCAGGCAACCUAUCCGCAGCUGCGGCAGCAAAGUUUCGCCGAGACUCUCUCUUCUGCCCAGACGAGCUGGACUCGCUCUUCUCCUACUUCGACAACGGAGCUGGACCUCGUAGUCUCAGCAGUGACAGUGGGCUCGGCGGCAGCACCGACGGCAGCACCGAUAUCCUGGUGUUCGGCUCCAUCGUGGACAGCGUCACCGAGGAGGAGUGUGAAGAGUCUGAGGAGUCGAGCGGCGAGGCGGAGGCGGAGAUGGAGCCCUCGGAGGCGUCGGACCCCGAGGACAGCCUCCGUGACGGGAAGUUGGCACACCGGCGCCCUGGUUCUCUGGUAGCGUGUGAGUUCCUGUUGCAGAACAGUGCUGAUGUGAACCAGAGGGACAUGAGGGGAAGAGGACCCCUGCACCAUGCCACAUGCCUUGGCCACACAGGGCAGGUGUCUUUAUUCCUGAAGCGAGGAGCUUCGCAGACUGAGGUAGAUGAAGACGGCCAGGACCCCCUGAGCAUCGCUGUGCAGGCGGCUAACGCAGACAUCGUCACCCUGUUGCGAUUAGCGCGGAUGAACGAGGAGAUGCGGGAGUCGGACGGACCCAUCGGCCACCCAGCUAACACAGGAAGUCCCGUCUCUCCACCGAACGUAAAGCGGAAGGAUUUCCGGGACCGAAUGUCACCUCACCCCCUCGCCUCCCUGGGGAGUUUUCGGACCUGGCGACUCACCUCCCCCAAAAGCUGAAUAGGACGAACCUGCCUUCCAGAUCUCCCAGGAUGCCCCAGCCCCCGAGUAGCCGACCGUGUUUAGACACCUUUACUACAUUUGAGGACUGUUGGCAUGGAAACCACCCAAAAAACGCACCUUUCAGUGUCCCUCAAUUGUUACAUGAAGAACUGAUUGGAGUCUUGAGAUAUGUGGGUGACUGUUUAAAAAUAACUGGUGAAGAGACGUAAGACAACACAAGAGAGUCUGAGUUUUAUGCGUCUGACCUACAUCACAGAUCAUGGGACAUGUUAGGUUUGUGUGUGUGUGUGUGUGUAUGUUUGCAAACAGAUCAGGACCUUCACUUCAUAAUUUCUCUACAUUCUUGUAACUAAAUAAGGGUAAUGCACAGCAAUCAGUGAUACUAAACUAAUUACUGUCCUAAAACUACUAUUAGGAUUUCUAGUUUUCUUUUCAGUGAUGCACUCAAUAUUUUAUUAUUGCAAACUCCUGUGAUAAGAUUUAAGAUUGUAUAGGAUUUAUAUAUUGCACAUGAACAUGUUACUUUUUCUUAAACAUGAUAUUAAAAAUGUAAACUGUUUUUUGUCUAAUAAUGAGAACAUAAAGUUAAGACACAUUCAAACUGUCGAAAUACACCCGAUGUGUGUCCCUCAUAACAAUAUAUGUGAUAGUUCUUUGAAUUGAAGCAGAUCCCUUUGGUUCUGAGUUGAGUGUGUGCGCCCUCUAGUGGUCUUUGCAAAUAUAUUCCCUAAAAUCAAAGGUUCUUGGGUGAAUGUGUGAUGUAAGACAGUGUUUCUGAAAGUGUGGUCUGGGGACCACUAGUGGUCCGCAAUUUAUUCGAAGUGGACAGCGGACAGACGUGGUAAAAUAUACAACCCCAAAACAGAAAAAGUUGGGACGUUGUGUAAAAUGCAAAUAAAAACAGAAUGUCACAAUA